AUGUCCUUGUCAAAAUCCACUGUGAUGUUAUCAAAUGCCACACUAAGUACAGAUUACGAAUUGGAUAGUGGUUGUAUGGUAACAUCAAGAUGUCACAGAUCCCAAAAAAAGAACGAAAGUCCACAUGAAAUUGAGAUAUCCUUAGUGGAAGGACCUGCUUUAGAGUCCAGUAAUUGCUCCUGUGCUAUAGGAAAAUCAGGUACAUGUGGCCAUGUAACUGGUCUUCUUUACACAUUGGCACACAUGAAAGUUUCAAAUCUCAAAUCAAUUCCAUCGGACAUCCUGAAGAAUUCUUUGCCUCAGACGUGGCAUAUACCAAGAGGUGAGAAACUGAAAGGCAGCCAAGUUGAUGAUUGUGGAUACAAUUCUAAAUCUCCUUAUAGGCAACCCCGUGGUCUCCGAUCAACUCUAUACACAAAAUUUGGUAAAUUUCCUACAGGGUCUGCAAUAGGCUACCAACAAAAGCUGUCAUCCUAUUAUAUAGUAAAUAUCCUAGAUGAGGACUUUCCAAUACUGCCAGUAGAUAACGUCAUGAUAAACACUUUACAAGUUGCAUUAGACAGGAAUAAAACUACUAGCUUCAUUGCAAUACAAGUCAGUAUGGAUGAGACAAGGACAAUAGAAGUGAUGACAAGACUCCAGAGUAAUGAUCCAAGGUGGCAUGCUGUUCGUCGAGACAGGUUGACAGCAUCAGUUACUGGUGACAUAGUCAAAAGGAGAGCUGAUAAUGAACCGUUAGUAGCCAGACUAAAAACAACAAGAAAGGUGGUGACAGAGACCAUAUGUCAUGGGUUGACGUUUGAGGCUGUGGUUGCAGAUUCUUAUGCCAAAGUAAGGGUAUACAAGAGUGCACAUACUGAAAGGACUCACUAUCUGUAUUUACCAUUGAUAUUAUGUUGAUAGUCCUAAAAUACCUUACAAUCAUUCAAUAUGCUAUAAACAGUUAACCUAUUUUUCUUAUAGUUUCUAAGAAACAGAUUUAACCAUGAAAAAUAAACACUGACCAAUGAUCCAUGAAAAUAAGGUGAACCCAAGGUCACAUGAACCAUUCCAGACAGACAUGUAAAGCUUACAAUUCUUCCAUACAACACAUAUAGUUUACCUAUUGCUUAAAGUUGAAAUACAGGCCAAAACAGAAAACCAUAAUACUGAGCAAUGAACCGUAAAAAUGAGGUCAAUGUAAAAUGAAACCUGUGAGCCUAACAUGUACAUCAUAAUAGUUAUCAAAAGUACCGGGACCAUAAUUCCAUACGCCAGACGCGCGUUUCGUCUACAUAAGACUCAUCAGUGACGCUCAGAUCAAAAUAGUUAAAAAGCCAAACAAAUACAAAGUUGAAGAGCAUUGAGGACCCAAAAUUCCAAAAUGUUGUGCCAAAUACGGCUAAGGUAAUCUACUCCUGGGGUAAGAAAAUCCUUAGUUUUUCGAAUAAUUCAAAGUUUUGUAAACAGAAAAUUUAUAAAAAUGACCAUAUAAUUGAUAUUCAUGUCAACAUCGAAGUGCUGACUACUGGGCUAGUGAUACCCUCGGGGACGAAACGUCCACCAGCAGUGGCAUCGACCCAGUGGUGUAAAUAGUUAUCAAAAGUACCAGGACCAUAAUUCCAUACGCCAGACGCGCGUUUCGUCUACAUAAGACUCAUCAGUGACGCUCAGAUCAAAAUAGUUAAAAAGCCAAACAAAUAGAAAGUUGAACAGCAUUGUACAUCAUAAAAUAUUUCUUAACACCAAGUAGUUAACCUAUUGCAAUUUUUGCAUUUAGUGCACAAAAAAAAAAGACCAAAAUUCCAAAACCUAACUAUGACCACUUAACCAUGAAAUAAAGGUCAGAUGACACGUGACACUUGCCAG